AUCAAAGUUUCGGGUAUCUUUUACUCACCUCAUAGCUGGUUUAACAAUUUCUCACCUCAUUCUCGACGGGUUAAUAUAACAUAAUAUAACUUAACAUUACAUAACAUCAUAUAACCUAACCUAGUUUAACCUAUUUUAAUCUAACCUUAACUAAUGUAUAUUUGCUGAAAAUAGCUUCAUAGCCUGUUCAAAUAUCUGAAAAUUAUGUGUAAAUGUUAUAUUUGACAACUGGUAUAAUAUUUUUCACCAAAUCAGAAAUAUAAGUUGGGGAUUGAUGACAAGAAGUUUCUGUUGAAAAAAUAACAGAAACUACUUAAAGAUUUGCUUGAAUUGAAAAGUUUCAACACAGUCAACCAAUGAAGCAUUCCACAAAUAGAUGACAUCACGUCAUAUAGAACAAAUGCAAUUUAUAAAAGGGAAAACUAGCUCGGAAAUUUUAACAAUUUAAUGAUUUAUUUUUAAUGGUGAAUGGUACUUUUUUCAACCUGAUAGGGCUCUCCAUCGUGAACCACUUUUUACUCAAUAGUGCAAGGACAAUUCAGAAUUCUUUAAGUUCAACAUAACAAUGAAUAAACAGAUAAGAAGACUCGAAACUUCAAAGAAAACGAAAUGUUUGUGUCUGACAAACAGCGUAUCCAAUAUAAUUGGUCGACUUGGUGUAAUAAUUAGUCGAUAUCCCCUCUAUUUUGUCAUUAUUCCUGUCAUUCUUUCCAGUUUAUUAUCACUCGGACUUAUUAAGGUUCGAACCAAUGAAGACAUCGAUUUUCUCUUAACUGCAGACAGUGGUAAAUAUUUUGAUGCCAAACAGUUUAUACAUAACACAUUCCAUACCGAUUCGGGUAGAUUCGAUUUUUUACGACUUACCAAACGCCCACGUUUUCCAAUGAUCUAUAUAGUAAAUGACAGAGAAGACGACAUUUUACGCAAAAAAUUUUUGGACGAAAUACAAAUUGUUGAUAAGAUUGUAAAAAAUACCACAACUUUUGUAGAUGGAAAGAUUUUUGGUUACUCGGAAGUGUGCCAAAUUGUAGAUGGCAAGUGUUCAGAAAAUACUCUCAUUGAUCUGCUGAACGACUCCGAAAACGCUAUUCAUGAAAUAUUAAAAAUGAAGUAUCCCGUUAAUAUGGAUCCUCUAACAUACGCGUACAAAAUCUUCUGUAUAAAUUUAGGAGGAGUGACGACAGACGACAAAGGAUACAUAAUUGAAGCAAAGGCCGUUCGUUUACUGUAUCCGACUGAAGAAUCCAAUGCAAGUAAAAACAAGUGGAAUGAAGAAUGGACAAAGGCAGUUUACAACAAGUUAAGAGAUUAUACUUUCGAGCAUAUUAAAACAUUUCCCGAUCCAUUCGCGUCUACCGAUUAUCAAGUACAACGCAUUUCACAGGAAUUAGUGUCUUUGAUAAGCGUGGCUGUGGUCGUUGUGGCCAUUUUCUCCAAGGUGACGAACAUGACUAACAAUUGGGUAAAAUCCAAACCCUGGUUAGGCGUAGCUACUGUCGUAUCUGCCGGUCUGGCUGUGACCACCGCUUUUGGAUUAUUAUCCGCCUGUGGAGUAGAAAAUCUUCGGUGGAACGUCACCCUUCCUUUCAUGAUUUUUGCUACGGAAGUGGACGACUCGUUUGUCGUAUUGGCUUGUUGGAAGGUAACAGAUUGCAACGACAGAGUAGAAAAACGAAUGGAACAGACAUAUCGCAACGCAGCAGUGUCCAUCACCAUAACGUCUCUAACGAAUUUCUUCUCGUAUUGCAUUGCCAUGACGUCACCAUUCCCGGGUGUAAGAAUAUUCUGUUUAUAUGCCGCCACGUGCAUUUUCUUCAGUUAUGUCUUUCAGUUAUUAUUUUUCGGCGGAUGUUUGGCAUUAAGUGGAUACAGGGAAGAGAAGAAUCUUCAUCCUUUUACAUUUAAACCAGCUUUUGGUUUUCUAGUAAUAGCUUAA